GAGCAGCAGCAGCAGCAGCAGUUACAGCAGUGUUCCCACUUCUCAUUGACUGGAGAAACGCAGCACCUCGCUCAGUCCGCGCUCACACACUAAAACGAUGCACCACCGCUGCCUGUCUGCACACGCGCUGCCGCUGACCAGGUGUUGGAGCAAAGACCAGGGACGCCGUUAACGCCUCAGAACAUAAACUUGUAUGUAUGUGCUGUGUGCACCUCUCUGUGGUCCCGUUCGCAGACGAUCGAGAAGAUGCUGAGCCGACUAAUGAGCAGCAGCAUCAGGAGUCUGGACAGGGAAUGCAAUUGCACCGUGAGGCUGCUGGACGACUCGGAGUACACCUGCACGAUCCAGCGGGACGCCAAAGGACAGUACUUGUUUGACCUCAUCUGCCACCAUCUUAACCUGCUGGAGAAAGACUACUUUGGCAUUAGAUAUGUUGACCCAGACAAGCAGAGACACUGGUUGGAGUUUACAAAGUCAAUUGCCAAACAAAUGAAAUCCCAGCCUCCAUUCACCAUGUGUUUGCGUGUCAAGUUUUACCCACCUGACCCCGCUGCCCUGAAAGAGGAAAUCACCAGAUAUCUUGUCUUCCUGCAGGUUAAAAGGGAUCUUUACCACGGCCGCCUCCUGUGCAAGACAUCAGAUGCAGCUUUGCUGGCUGCCUAUAUAUUACAAGCUGAAAUUGGUGACUAUGACCCUGGGAAACAUCCAGAGGGCUACAGCUCCAAGUUUCAAUUCUUCCCGAAGCACUCAGAGAAGUUGGAGCGGCGGAUUGCUGAGAUCCACAAAACUGAGCUGAUAGGUCAGACUCCUGAAACAUCAGAGCUCAACUUUCUUCAGAAGGCUCAGAUGUUGGAGACCUAUGGGGUCGACCCACAUCCAUGCAAGGAUGUGUCUGGGAACCCGGCUUUUUUGGCUUUCACCCCUUUUGGCUUCACUGUGCUGCAAGGAAACAGGAGGGUUCACUUCCUCAAAUGGGAGGAGGUGACCAAACUUAAGUUUGAAGCAAAGACGUUCCAUAUAUAUGCAAAUCAGAAGGAGGAUAAGAAGAUCAUACUGACUUACUUUGCACCUACACCAGAGGCCUGCAAGCAUCUUUGGAAGUGUGGAGUGGAGAAUCAGGCCUUCUACAAGCUGGAGAAGUCAAGCCAAGUCCGCACUGUGUCCAGUAGUAACCUCUUCUUCAAGGGUAGUCGCUUUAGAUACAGCGGAAAGGUUGCAAAAGAAGUAAUGGAACAAAGUGCUAAAAUUAAGAGAGACCCCCCGGAGAUCCACAGGGCUGGUAUGGUGCCUAGUAGGAGCUGUCCAUCCAUCACUCAUGGCCCUCGUCUAACGAGUGUGCCAAGGACCAGACGAAGAGCUGUGCACAUUUCCAUUAUGGAAGGUUUGGAGUCCCUUCGAGACAGUGCUCACUCCACACCGGUGCGCUCAGUUUCGCAUGGCGACUCCUUCAUGCCUUCAAGGAGCCAGACGGUGGAUGGCAGUGAGGCAAGCACGUCAGCAGUCAUCUCAGAUGAGAACUACAGCCCCUCUGACAGCGUGCUGCCUACACCCGUGGCAGAACAUGGAAUGGAGAUGCCUUUGGCUCGUCACCUCAAUGGUGCCCCCUGCAGCAUUGACGAGGACGAGUCAGAGGCAGGGACAUCGAAAGAGGGGCAGGCUACAGAAUUUGGGCACAGCAGGAGAGAACAACGUAUGGUCAAGAGCAGGCCCGCAACAUCUAGCGAGGUAGAGGAGCUCAACAAGUUUAUCCUGAGCGUGUUGCGUCUCUUCCUGGUUACCAUUGGACUUCUGUUCGCCCUGCUGCUGCUUCUCAUCAUGCUGACAGAGUCGGACCUGGACAUUGCCUUCUUGAGAGACAUCCGCAAGACACCAGAAUUCCAGCAGUUCCACUUUGAAUACUUCUGCCCUCUGCGGCGCUGGUUCGCCUGUAAGUUACGAUGGAUGGGAGGUUUCCUUGUUAGUGAGGCAAAGUGAAAACAGACCAAAUGACUCAACAAAGGCAAUUGGAUACAGAUAACAGACAGGUCAGAAGAGAAGGCAAGAGGAGAGAAAUGGAUGGCUUUGUUCCUGAUUUCAACUAAGCUUCUCCCAGGAAUAAUCCUGUCACAAGCCACGUACUGUCCCCUGAAGAGCCUUGUUUAUUACGUUUGACCAUCACUAUGAGGAAAGGAAAUGUUACUUUAGAAAUUCAGGUCAUCAAGGUAUUUUAUUUUUUCACAAAAUCACAGGAGCUGGGUUUAUUUUGAACACUGUAUCAAGUAUGCCUGAGUUCACUUCUUCAACCACAGAUAAUAGUUGCCUUUAUUUUUUUAUUAAUUUAUAUGUUGUAUCAUCACUGUAAUACAAAAUGAUCUGAGGUGUUGGGGUGCAACUGAGAGUUUGAGACAUUUGAGGGAUUUAAAAAUGGAGGGCAGACUAUAUCAUCAGUUUUUAUAUCGAAUCAACAAUAUUCAUGAUGAUUAAAUGUUAUUAUGGCUGCUGUUUUCAGGUGGUGGGCUUAGAGAAAGCGUGAAAUUGACGAAUAAGCAUUACUGAAUGUAGAUGAGUCCUGAGUCAAACGUGUUUGCAAAUAUUAUAGUUUUAUACGAUUCUUAGGCAGAUGCAAAUAGACGUUACACAUUUCUCCAGAUGUACUUUACGAUCCCAGAUCUGGAACAUUCAAUUUCAAAUCACUGCUAAACGACUAGUUGUAGUAGCUUUGUGACACAGGUGUGUGAUGGUGCUGCCCUGACAGAAGACUUUAUUAGUGGCCUAACAUCUGCUGAAAGUUUUUGUCCAGACACUAGGGAACUGUUAAAGUUUCAUCAUCCAAUGACUAGAAAUUAAGCCUUUUUAAGGGUAUAAAUAAGGAGUUUAUAGGUUUACUGUUUAAGAAAUAGCAGCCAAAUAACACUAAUAACUACAAUGAACUUCUGUGCGUGAGGAACAGUUGUCACUUUGCUGUAGUUACUUUUACAGUAGUUAUAAAGGUGAUGGGACUAUGUGAGCUAGCGCUAUAAUGGUAGUCAAGUGUCUGGUCAGUUCUUUGACUACUGCAAUCUGUAGGAGUAGUUCAUCUUGAUGUGCAAUACUGUUAAUAUAAAAAAGCAGAUCCUUUCUAUCAAGGGAAAUUUGACUUUGUUUUACCUUUGUAAAGUGCAAAUAUUAGUGCAAUUUUCCAACAGUAAAUAGUUAAGAGUUUGUUUUUAGUUGAAGACCCAUGUUGAGUGACUGUCAUUCACCUUUGUUUAGCUCUGCUGUGUUAAAAAAAGUUAUGCAUUUAUAUGUAAUGGCUGAAUAUAUUUAAAUCAUUUUUGUACCAUCUUGUUAACGCACUGACAGUUCCUCACAGUGACUUUUAAUGUACUUUGAAGCUGUUUUUCGUUUGUUUUUGUUACAGUGGAUCUAUGGUUUUCAGCCCUGCACUCACAAAUGAGCCUAAGAUAAGUCAUGUUUACGUCGUUCUGCAACCUUCAUCAACACCAACCAAAGAAACCUCUGUUGUCCCAUACUUCUGUCAGUUUGUGUCAACAGAUGGCAAAAUAGUCUGCUGUCCUUCUCCGGCCUUAUUUCUUGUAUUUCACAGGUUAGCCUACAGUGUGUCUUUACAGCCCAGAGCAACAGAAUCAAUUCAAACUAUGAGGUCAGUUUUCACUCUAAAAGUAUUUGCCCUUUCAACAAGCCUACAAGUGCUUAGGAUGCUGUGUGUAUACAAGGAGCAAUCAAAAGAUUUUGUGGCUCUGCCCAUAAAAAAGCAAAAAAUCAUACCUGAUAUUAGCUUGGCUUAGGUCACAUGUUGCACACAUUUGAACAUCUUUCAGUGCUGUUGACAUUUUGAGAAUGCUCCCUGGAAGUGGUGUCUGACCACUUGCACUUACCUGUGGGCAAUGUCAUCAUGGACCUCAAACUCACGCAGAGAGCUAAGAUGAACUUUCUGUUUUCACCCAAGCAUCAUGUUGAUUUUCAUCACUGGAGAUGAGAAUCACAACUCAAAGACCAAACAAUCAACAGUGUUCAAACCUGCAGGCGCCACAACAGUUCAGGAGCUGACCAGUCUAUUUUUUUCAUGAAGUUGCACACUGAAUAAUUCCCCCAGGGUCGACAUCGGGUUGUCCCUUAAUGCCCUGAAGCUUUAAAGGGAGAACAUUUGAAGCAAACCACCUCAGCUGUGGCAACAGCCAGAGAUCCAUGCAUGCCUUCCCAAUUUUGGCUCCCUGAAAGUUCCUAGAUUCCAAAAAUGAAAUUCAACUUCAAGGGUUAAUACUUUCAGACCAUGCGAAGGGGGUGAGCAACAAGCCAUUUUUUUGAGUUUUUGCCCCUAAUAAAAUAUCUCUGUGGAGCUGCAAAACAUAUUCAGACCUUAUAAUGAACAUGACACAGCCUGUUAGCUAUGGAUUAUCAACAUUAGUAACUGAUACAACAUGCAGUAGGGAUUUAUAUGAAUAUAAAUAUAUCA